AUGAGCGAAUACUCGCGCGUACCUACACAACCAUCACCACCUCCGUCCCCUUCUAGACGUUCGAUUGACGCGGCGUUUGAGCCUACAGAAGACGCUGAUGAACGGGCUCCUUUGUUCCUAGGCAAUGAGCCCGACUCUCAACCCGCGGCCAACCCGGCAAGCAAUUCUGCAGCAUCACCGGCCUACACAGAGCUCAGUCACCUUCCAGCGGAAGGAGAAAUUGCAAAUGAUCGCGUUGUGACGAGUCCUACGCCGUCCAGUACCGAGGGAACAGGCGUAGACGAACGUGCCCCAGAGGCCCGUUCAAACACAUCAGAUGCCGGUGAGAAAGAGGAAGAAGAACCACCUUCGUACGACGAGGUUGCUGCUGACGCCGUCCCAUCGUAUUGGGACACGACGCUGUUUCUUCCAGGCUACGAGCCAUCGGACGUGUACAUCGAUGGAAUACCCGUCGGAACAGUCUAUGGGUUCUGUAUCAACAGUGCUGUUUCCAUCAUUUUCCCUUUUGUGGGAUUCCUUAUGACAUAUAUCAUGGCUACAAGUCAUGCAGCAAGGUUCGGUUCACAGGUUGGUCUUAGCGCUACACUCAUCGAGCGUGGAAUUACGUUAUGGACGGACUCGACAACAGCCGGUAAUGAGCAUGCUGUUCCUGACGAAACAGAGUCCAUGUAUCAGUUUAUCGCAGCCGUGUCACUCGUUUGUACGGGAUCCAUAAUGUUUUUGCUCGACGUUUUCUUUUUCCUCAGGGUGUUACGUAUGAAACGGGCUAUAUCAAGAUCCACAAAUGAAACGAACGAAACGGAGACGCCGACUGCAGCAUAA